UGCAGAUCUUGCCCAGCUAGAGACAAUUGCAAGGAUGAAACAUCGACUGUUGAGUUUGGCAUUGACCUGUCUAUACUUGCUUCAUGCUUCAGCCCUUGUCAAUGUUCAGCCAGACUUCGAUAUCACAAAGGUAACCACAAACGUAUCUCCAAAUGGGUGUUUUUAUCCAGACCAAAGCAGAAAGUAGAGGGUAGGAGGGGACACUACAUCUGUCAGCUCUAUUUCUGAUGGAGACACUUGUCCCAUUACAAAAUGGCAGCUACUGCAGUGUUGUGGCAGCAAGAAAAGUGUUGAAUGCCUCCCAGCAGUCAGUUCAAGGCUCCAAAGCCACAGUGAGGCAAUGAUUUGACACUGCCAUUUUGGGUCCUUAAACUUUGGAACACAAUGACCACCUGUCUUGGGCUGCGGGCAGGAGGUAGGAGAUAUCCCAACAAUCCUUUAAUCUAAGGAGGGCACAUGGAGAUCUUUGACAUAUGUAGCCAAUGGGAUUUGGUCUCUUAUUUACUCAGGCGUUAUGGAAGUUGUGAGCACUUCCAGUAGCUGUGAACUAUAUGCAAGUGAGUGAGAGGAUGUUAUGUUUGUUCUGCUGUUUGUGUGCCUAUACACACACACACACAGUUAUAUAUAUAUAUAUAUAUAUAUAUAUAUAUAUAUAUAUAUAUAUAAAUUUCCAAUAUGCUUAAUUAAUGCAUGAAGGGGUUAAUACUUUAGCAUAAGCUGUCCCACCAGCCUUAGCUAUGUCCACUUGCCCUCAGCUUGGGAGGAACUUUGUUCUCCUUUAAGUCUACCUGGGAAGCUCAGUAUGUAAAGAGGUUUGAGCUGGUUGCUCCAGUUCAACUGCAUGGCUCUCAUCAGCCACUCUUGAGUUCCUAUUCCACUGAUUUAGGAACCUUCAUCACUUUGUAGCUAUGCUAUGUUUUACUGCCUGUGCAACCUUUUCUGAAGCACAUGAAUCUGACCUUUGGAGGGUUUGUAAGGAAACCAGUUUUUCACUUACCCAACAUGUGGUCUUUUUCCUAUGCUGGAGAAGCAGGAAACCUUGAAAAGAAACUGUUUAAAGGGGGGAUUUUGGAACUCACUUUACAUGGCAAACUUUAGUCUAACAGCCUAUAUUUACACCCUUUGCUGCUUUUAAAUAUCUAUACGAAGCUACUAGAAGAGAUCAUCAGGGGGCUUGGGCUGGGUGUUCACCAGUUUGUGGAUGAUAUCCAGCUCUGCCUCUUCUUCAAAUCAGAACCAGUGAGUGCAGUGAAGGUCCUGUGUGAGUGCCUGGAGGUGGUUAGAGGAUGUAUGGCGGCUAACAUAUUGAGGUUGAAUCCUGACAAGACAGAAGUACUGUUUGGGGGGGACAGGGGAUGUGUGGGUGUGGGGGACUUCCUGGUCCUGAAUGGGGAAACUGUGCCCCUGAAGGACCAGGUGCACAACCUGGGAGUCAUUUUAGACUCACAGCUGUCCAUGGAUGUGCAGGUUAAUUUUGUAUCCAGGGCAACUGUCUACCAGCUUCACCUAGUAUGCCGGCUGAGACCCUACCUGCCUGCACACUAUUUCACCAGAGUGGUACACACUCUGGUUAUCUCCCACUUGGACUACUGCAAUGUGCUUUACGUGGGGCUACCUUUGAAGGUGACCCGGAAACUACAACUAAUCCAAAACGCAGCAGCUAGACUGGUGACUGGGAGUGGCUGUCGAGACCAUAUAACACCGGUCCUAAAGGAUCUUCAUUGGCUCCCAGUACGUUUCCGAGCACACUUCAAAGUGUUGGUGCUGACCUUUAAAGCCCUAAAUGGCUUCACCCCAGUAUACCUGAAGGUGCGUCUCCACCUCCAUCAUUCAGCCUGAACACUGAGGUCCUCCUCUGAGGGUCAUCUGCUGGUUCCCUAACUGCAAGAAGCGAGAUUACAGGGAACCAGGCAGAGGGUCUUCUUGGUAGUGGUUCCCCCCCUCCCAUCAGGAAUGCCCUCCCAUCAGAUGUCAAGGAAAUAAACAACUAUCUGACUUUUAGAAUACAUCUGAAGGCAGCCCUGUUUAGGGAAUUUUUUAAUGUUUGAUGUUUUAUUGGUUUUGCUAUUCUGCUGGGAGAUGCCCCCCAGCCAGAUUGGGGGGGGUAUUAAUGAUGAUGAUGAUGAUGAUGUUGCUGCAUAUUUAAUUUUUUUAAAAUGAUAUUUAUUGGAAAAAAAAUUUUUAGAGUUACAAAAAAAAAAAAAAACAAAGUAGAAAAAGAACAAAGAAGGAACAAAGAAAAACACAAACCACAUCCAACAAUACAAAUUCAAAAAAAACAAAAAAAAAACAAAAUACACCGCAAACAUUUAAAAACAAAUCCAUUAUUCUCAAAUCCUCAACUGUCAUUACCUUCUUCCUUUGACCUCCUCCUCCUCCCUUUUUUUGUAUCCUAGUUGUUAAUUGUUGCAGCAAAUCCUUUCCAUAUUUCAUAAAAUUCUGUCAUUACAUUACCUUAAACUAUUUUAAUCUUAUCUUACUAUAAAAAACCUUGAAACUUAAAACUUAAAUCUUAUUUUUACCAACUUCUCAUAACCAUAAUAUUCUUACAUAAUUCUUUAAACAUUUUUAUUAAAGCCAAGUAAUUUCAUUCCAACAUUUUUCUAACAUUCAUCAAUUUUAUAAAACAAUCCUAGUAGUAGAAAAAGAAAUAAAAACAAUCCAAUCUUCAUCCAGCGUCCCUUCCUCCUGGUCCCGGGUUUUGUCAGUCCUUAUUAUCCCAUCGAUGUAGCGCAUUAACCUGGUAACCUUAUAUCCGAGUCCCUUAAGUCUCUUCCAUGUCCCUUCCGCAACUCUUCUUCAUAUUUGUAACUGUAUUUUCCCUUGACUCCUGCUCGUUUCACUCGUGGGAACUCCAGCUUAACAAUAUUUUUGACCCUUCUCGACAGAUCAGCCCCUUUUCCAUAAUCCACACUAAAUUCCAUGUGGUAUUUAAGAACAUGUUUCAAAAUCCCUCCAAAAUUAGGAGCCCCCACAAUCCCAGACAUCUCACGGCCCAUUGCCAGACUUGAAAAGUCCAAACAUCCCUGCAUAGGGGGGUCUAUCCAGCCCCCCAUUUCCAAACCAAACCAAACUUUUUCUUUCCAAAUCUGGCUUUUUCCAAGUUCAUUUGUCAAAUCCGAAAGCUCAUGUUCCUGUUGGGCCUGUUCUGUCAGGGCACACUCCUGAUUUAAUUCCUUGGUGGGCUCCACAUAUUUUCCCACUGCCUGUUCAAAAUUUCCCACAGCCUGUUCAAAAUUUCUAAUCGAAUCAGCCAUUAAAUUUGUCUUCUCAUGUAGCUGUUCCAGUAGGGCAUUUGUUUUAUAGAAAGCACACAACAGAGCUUCUGAAUACAUUGUCCUGCAAGGUCAGAUGUCUAUUCCCACGAUUGUAAUCUGUAACAGCUGCCAGCUCCCCGAACUUCGAUGUUGCUGCAUAUUUUAUUACUUUAAAUCUCUGCUGGGUUCUCUUACCAAAGAGUACUUGCCCCAAACUUGAAUCUUGACAUCCAGGAAUUCUGCUUUCUAUAUACUAUUCCCCCACCACCACUACCAUCAAAGAGUGAGCAUUGCUUCCUGAAAUGAUGUGAGUGGAAAGAGGAUCAUUCCAAUGCAUGCAUUUUUGGCGAGGAAAUUGACUUAACUCCUCUUUCUAGUUUGCUGGAAAAUGGAACCUCAUUGCACUGGCUAUGAAAGAAGGUCAACCAUCAGAGGACAACAGGAUUCAUACUACAGUUGUGUUUGAUAAUGGAGUCAUCGCUUUCAAAACACGGGUUCCAGUGUAAGUUCUCUUGAAUUACUUUGAGACCACCUUCCUUUGUUUUGCAAGGCCCAUCAGUUCCACUUGCUGGAGUGAAGGGGCAGCGGGGGCAGGGGCGGGCGGGGGGCACUAACAUGCAAUGAUCUGGAGAGGCUUCCAAUCCCAAAUUUCAGCUGCUGCAGGUACAAAUAGUGGGAGGAAGCUCACUUCUGCAGAAGCGCCAUGAUCUUAUAUUUUCUUUCCAGAGGGAAGGCGUGUAAAAGAUUGCAGACUCGUUUUUUCCCAGAUGAGCAGCCUGGAAUAUACAGGACAGGUAAACAGCAAGUGAUUCACUCUUCAUUCAGGGUGGAAGGAAAUUAGUAUUCCAACCACCCUCCCAUGGGAAGCGAAGUGUUUCCAAUCCACCUCUAUCCCCCUCUGACAGGGGCUUCCAGUUGGGGGCUUCAUGCUGCAGUUGGGGACUUGAGAUAGUCACAGAUGGAUUACUGACAAUGGGUUUAUUUAACAUUGGAUUUUCGCUGAAAAGUGAGAAAUCUGAUUUAAUGCGGGGGGUGGGGUCCAGAAACUGGUAUUCAGGAGCACUGCUGUCUUCAACUGUGGAUAGCAGAGCAUAGCUACUGUGACUAAUAGCCAUCAAUAGAUCUCCCCCACCCUUUAAAGCCGUCCAUAUUUGUGGCCAUCACUGCCUCCUAUAGGAUUUCCACAGUUUAAUAAUAAUAAUAAUAAUAAUAAUAAUAAUAAUAAUAAUAAUAAUUUAUUUGUCCCCAGCCACUCUGGGCAGCUUCCACAAGACCCAAAAUACACCAAUAUGUCAUACAUUAAAAACGUCCCUGAACGUCAGAUGUCUUCUGAAUGUCAGGUAGUUGUUUAUCUCUUUGACAUCUGAUGGGAGGGCGUUCCACAGGGCGGGUGCCACUACCGAGAAGGCCCUCUGCCUGGUUCCCUGUAGCUUUGCUUCUCACAAUGAGGGAACCGCCAGAAGGCCCUUGGCACUGGACCUCAGCGUCCGGGCAGAACGAUGGGGUUGGAGACGCUCCUUCAGGUAUACUGGGCCGAGGCCGUUUAGGGCUUUAAAGGUCAACACCAACACUUUGAAUUGUGCUUGGAAACAUACUGGGAGCCGAUGUAGGUCUUUCAAGACCGGUUUAAGUAUGGACUGCAUAAGAAAGUGCUUUCUUUUAAAUGUCCCAAGUCUUCCAGCAUUCAGAAUCAUUGGAUGCCCUUCAAUUCUAGUGCUACGUGAGAGGAAGGAAAGCUUCUAUCCACUUUCUCCAGCAAAACCUUGUAUGGCGAUGUCAUUGCCAAUACAUUGGAGAACUGGGGUGGGGGUGGAAUCAGUUCUACUUGGAACCGCCCCGCCCCCCCCAAGGCAUAUGUCCAUCUGAGGUAACUGCUGCACCAAACUGUAAGAGAAGUGUGUGCCCUUAAAGGAUCUCUUUUGUGGUUCUGAUUCAGAUGCAGGGAAGACCACCGUUUACAUCAUGAAGACAGAUUACAUCCAUUUCGCCAUUAUUUUCGUUUACACAAAAGAAAUGGAGGUCCUGCAGCUAUACGGUAUGUGUCUUCAUUGAUGGGAAAGAGUGUGUUGUGAGAUGUAAAUGUGAGGCUACUGAAUGUGUCAGGUAUACUGGCUAGCUGCAAAUAUACAAGAGUGUUAGAUCCUCUGAAAGCCUUCCUCCACUCUCUGUUGUGCAAUUUGAAGCAGAGAUGAAGUUUCUUCAUCUCCACUCCAAAUCACCUCCACCAAAGCUCCUCUUUCAAAAUGAGUAGCGUUUACCUCCCCAACCACAGAGCUGGUCCAGGAGAAUAUGAUGGCACUGGUGUAGCAUGGAGGCAGCACAGGGGCAGUUGCCCCAGGUGCAAAAUUGUUGGGGGGAACAAACUUUCAACACUUGCUGCUUCUUUAAUACAGCAGCAUGCUUCUGUUGCUGGGCUCCACUGAUAACAGCUUCUCCAUGCAAACCAGGAAGUGGCCUUUCCAGACAAUGGAACGACUCUUCUUAUGUCUGCGGGUGACACAGAUGCCGUUAGGCAGUUGAAUGCGCAUGCGUACUCCAUCCAUUUCCCUCCCUCCUCUCUGCGAGGCCCCAGAUGCUGGCAACCCACAAUAGGCCACUGUACCAUGGUCAAUGGUAUCCAAAAUCACUGCACCAUGAAGAAGCGGGAGCAGGCCCACUCCCUUCUUCUCUAAGUCAUCCAUUGUGCUGAGCGGAGUCAUUUCAGUGCCAAUCCCAGGUCAAAAAUCAACUGGAAAUGGGCCUAGAUAACUCGUUUCUUCUUAGCAUGCCUGAAGCCACAGGACCAAUGUUCUCUUGAGCACCUUUCCUGAAAAGGGAAUGUUUGGAACUGGGGGUGGUAGUUGUCAUACAUGCCAGAUGUGUUUUGUCUUCUAAAGUCUUCUCUAGUGGGAUAUAGCUAGAGAAAGGCAGGUACAGAUACAGACAGGAGAGCAGGAGCAAAGUGAAAACGGAGUCUUUGGGGCCUCGGCACCGUUGCAUUGCAGAAGGGCUUUAGAGCACUCUGAAUCUGCAACAGCAUAAUGUGUUAUACAAACUGGCUCCCUGAAGGCACACACAAGAUCUUCUCCCACCAUAUGCCUCUGAAGACUUUCUAAGCCAAAACAAGUACAGUGGUACCUCGGGUUAAGUACUUAAUUCGUUCCGGAGGUCCAUACUUAACCUGAAACUGUUCUUAACCUGAAGCACCACUUUAGCUAAUGGAGCCUCCUGCUGCUGCCGCGCCGCCGGAGCACGAUUUCUGUUCCCAUCCUGAAGCAAAGUUCUUAACCUGAAGCACUAUUUCUGGGUUAGCGGAGUCUGUAACCUGAAGCGCAUGUAACCUGAAGCGUAUGUAACCCGAGGUACCACUGUACGGCAUAUUUUAGUGCUGUGGUGCAGUUAGCAUUUGAAAGGCUAUUCAGCCAGCACAGCAGAUAUUUCAGAAUAUACUGAUGUGGUAUUAUACACUGCAUCUGCAUUGCAAUGUUGGGAAGCCACACAGCGUGGUUUGUUUAUAGUGUCUGUUCUAUUCCUCUAUCCCCUUUUGAAAAUAAUAAUAAUCUAAUUAUUUUAUUAUUUAUAUGCCGCCCAUCUGACUGGGAUGCCCCAGUCACUCUGCAUGACUCCCAACCAAAUAUUAAAAUCACAAUAAAACAUCAGCCAUUAAAAACUUCCUUUUGAAGCCAUUCACAUCCUUUUUGUGGCAGAUUUCAUCCUUUAACUAUGUGCUUCAGAUCCAAAAUGCAUUUGUUGCUUGAGAUUCAAAAUAAGUAUGUUCCAUCUCUUUUUUUCUCCCUUUUAUUCCUCAAUGUGACAACUUUUUGGGGGGGUCUGAAGUCAGGGAAGAGGAAGCAUCAACAGAAGUGAUAGAAAUAUACAAGGAGGUUGCAGCGUCAAUAAAUCUGUCUGUCGACAAGAUCAUCUAUCUUCAGAGAUCUGGUAAUAUGAGGUUCUCUUAUGCCUUAUUAUUUCCAAAUUUGAGAUAAAUAGUGAUGCAAUUUCUUUUUUAUUUAAACAAAACGGAUCACAAUUUUCUAGCAAUGAUGAUCAAGGUAGUUUAUGUUGAGGAAAUAAGUAGUAUGAAGAAUAUCUUGACUGCCCCUGGUUGGUGUUUACUUGCAUUCUGUACCUUGGUCCCAAUUCCACAUCCUGCUCUGAGACCUUAUCUCUUUUAUUCCACAGAUUCUUGCGCAGAUGUAUGAAGUAAGACACCUGAACCUGGAACUGUGUGUGACUGCAAAGGUGUGAAUCAAAGUUGUUAAACCCUCCCAUUUGGAAAGAAAAUCAGCUGGAUCUCAUUCCCAUAAAUGUUACAAGAUGAUGCACCAAUACCACGACCAGUCAUUUAAUUAUCUUGAAAACUAGUCGAAACUGAAAUAAAACCAUCCAAGACCCAUAUAAAU